GUGAAUGUGGGGGCCGCAGCAUACGUCGCGGUUCCGGGUUCAAAGGGACGAGGACUGGCGGUCUUCACUGUGGUUUCCGUGUUGUUGAGUCCAUCAACGACUCUUCUCGAGUGUCACGCAUGCCCCAACAGUUACGCAUCAGGGAUUUCAACCCACAUCGCUCGGAAUCAUCAGGCUGAAGACAGAUUAGGCGGGCUUGGUCAAUUUGUCGAAGGCGAGCUGACUAGUACCAUUUCUUGCCCAUUUAUGGAACCGCUAGGAUCUGCGUUACCUUAUCGUGAGAUCGUUAGCGAGGAGUUGUUUAAUGUGGAUAAUAUUUUGAUGGAUGAAAGUAGAAUUAUGCUAUUCAAAACAAAUCUGAAGAAUUACAAAUCAACACAUUGGUAUUCUGACCACGCCUCGGGAGGUGUGACCCUCACGCGCCGCUUGUUUCUGUCUUUAAUCAUCGACCGCGUUAACAUGGGUUUUUCGGGUUUUUCACCGAGAUCAGGUAGUGACGCCGCACGAGAUCACAUUCAUCUGUGGAAAGCGAUUUCUUCAUCAUAUGCUCGUUAUAUGUCGUGGAACAAAGAUUUAAUCUUGUGGAACGCUAAUGCGCUCCGAUACUGGCGAGGUAUUCUGCACGUGUUGACUAUGUGCAUCCCAUGGUUCUUGGCGACUUCUCGACAUAAACUAUUCUGCAUAAGUAGGCGAGGUGCGUGAGUGGUUUUGCAGGUCUGGGCGUAGUGUAUGCACGGCAUGAUUGUGGGA